AUGGAACUCCACGGCUCGAAGGAGAGGAUGGAAGAGCCCCAAGACGUGAUCCUGUCCCUGCGGCAUCAGAUGUCGCCGCAGACGAUGUACUCGGCGCUGGGGCACUCGCCGCCGGGCGUGUCGUGCACCAUCCAUUCGCCGAGCGGUGGGUUCUUUGGAGCGGGUGGAGGAGGAGGAGGAGGAGGGUACAUGGGGGAGGGGCAGGGAGGGCCUGGGCAUCACCCGGGUGCCGCCUUCUCGCCUGCAGCCAUGAGCGUCAACGUUUCCAUGACUCUCGCCUCGCCGUAUCGCGAGAAUCACAUCAACCAUCAGCUGACCCUCGGAGGAAGCGGCGGAGGGCUCUACUGUUCCCCUCUUCACCCCUCUCAACAAGCACAGCUCCAGCCCUACGCAGAAUUCCUGAACGGAGAUUCCUCCUCGUCGUCGGCCGGGGCCGAGGCGUGCGGUUUCGCCGAGGACAAACGCAAAGGGACGGGUGAGGACCGUCUGAGCCCGAGCGACCAGGGAACCGGGAGCAACGUGUGCCGGAUCUGCGGCAAGAGCUACGCCCGGCCCAGCACGCUCAAGACCCACCUGCGGACCCACUCCGGCGAGAGACCCUUCCGGUGCGGGCAAUGCAACAAGAGCUUCUCCCAGGCGGCCAACCUCACGGCCCACGUCCGCACGCACUCGGGCGAGAAACCCUUCCGCUGCGGGAUCUGCGACCGCCGCUUCUCGCAGAGCUCCUCGGUCACCACCCACCUGCGGACCCACUCCGGGGACCGCCCGUACCGAUGCAGGCUCUGCCGGAAGGCCUUCGCCGACUCCUCCACGCUGACCAAGCACCUCCGCAUCCACUCCGGCGAGAAGCCCUACCAGUGUCAUCUGUGUCUGCUCAGGUUCUCGCAGUCCGGGAAUCUCAACCGUCACAUGCGGGUGCAUGCGGCCAACGGCUCUUGAGCCGUCGACCCGUUUCGAACGAUAAGUAUGAAGGGGAGUUCGGUUCCAGUCCUUUUCGGCAUGUGAGGACUGGAGACGUUCGCGGGC